UGUGCCUGCCGUAAGCUAGUAAGCAGUGAAAUGAGAGUUUCCGGUGCUCUCUUUCUCAACUCCAUAUCCUCUGGUUAAGGUGUUUCUAUACCGUCCUUAAUCGUAUUAUUUUCUUCUCUAUAUUCUUUCUAUUCUUAUAGCGCAUCCUUACACUUCUGUCUUGCUUUCUUCGCCUCUGGAGCGGCCUCUUUCCCCAGCUAACUCAUAAUGACCUCUCAAAAUCCUAUCCGACGAAAACUGGUUAUAGUAGGCGAUGGUGCUUGUGGAAAGACGUCUUUGCUGUGUUCCUUUGCGCUAGGAGAGUUUCCUAAAGAAUAUCAACCCACUGUCUUCGAUAACUAUGUCGCUGAAAUAAGACUUGAUGAGAAGCCUGUCCAAUUAGCACUAUGGGAUACUGCUGGCCAGGAGGAAUAUGAACGCUUACGACCCAUGUCAUAUUCAAAGUCCCAUGUCAUUCUCAUCGCAUUUGCCCUUGACACCCCUGAUUCUUUGGAGAAUGUAGAAACCAAGUGGAUAGAAGAGGUCCGUUCGAUCUGUGGUCCUACAAUCCCUGUCAUUCUCGUCGGUUGUAAAGCCGAUCUUCGGCCAAGUCCUACACAUCCCAACACGCCUGACAAUCCCGCUCCCUACGUCACUCGCGAGAUGGGAGAGCGCGUUGCUCAAGUGAUAGGUGCUCGUGCCUACAAAGAGUGUUCCGCUUUGAAGAUCGAAGGUGUUGACGAUGUUUUCGAGACCGCCACUCGUGCCAGCAUGCUAAUGCGUGACGGCGCGCAGUCAAACUCUAACACGGACGGUCGUCACCAUCGACGGAAAAGUAGUACGAAGAGUGCCCUGCAGGAGGAUACUGGAAACGGGUGGAAGUGCUGCGUUGUGUGCUAAAUUGUUUUCCCAAUCUGUGUGGAAACUAGAAGGACUGGAUUCGACUGCUUCAUCGAUUUCGCUCCUUGUUGUCUUUCCUACUCCUUCGCUCACGUUGUCAACGGCCUAACUAUGAUCCCUUUUAACGUCGUGGCUUUUUCUCUCUGACUCCU